AUGACGCUGAGCGCGAUCGCGAGAUUCGGCGCGAUGCGCCUGGCGCCGGCGGGCGCGUCGAGGCUGAACACGCGCGCGCGCACGGCGUCGUCGACGAGCGGACGGGCGGUACACGCGCGACAGUACGUGCAGGCGGCGAUCGCGGAUGAGGUGGAGGAAGAAGCGCGCGUGACGGCGGCGACGCCGGGGAAGAAGCGGGUCGUCGUGCUCGGGAGCGGCUGGGGCGCGAUCUCCUUCGUGAAAUCGCUCGAGCAGUCGGCGCCGUACGACGUCACGCUCGUGUCGCCGAGGAAUUAUUUUUUAUACACGCCGUUGCUCCCGGGAGCGGCCACGGGAGCGGUGGAGGAUCGGUCGAUCGUGGAGUCGAUUCGGAGGCCCAUCGCGAGCAAGGGGUACAGGUACUUCGAGGCGAACGCUUUGAGCGUCGAUCCGGUACGGAAGACGGUGCGGUGCCGCGGGAGCGAUCACACGUUUCAAGACGAGGAUGAUCUAGCGAAGAGCCAGGCGUGGAAGGAGUUUGAUCUCGAGUAUGAUUACCUCGUCACCGCGGUUGGGGCGGUGCCCAACACGUUCGGCGUCCCAGGGGUGCAGGAGCAUUGCAUGUUCUUCAAGGAGAUCGAGCAUGCGGCGCGAUUUCGACGGGAAGUCAACGAAAGGUUUGAGUGUGCGACGCUUCCGGGCGUGCCGAGAGAGCGCAUUCAGCAGUUGUUGAAGUUCGUCGUCAUUGGCGCCGGACCGACCGGUGUGGAGCUCGCCGCCGAGUUGUAUGAUUACGUGUACCAAGACGUGGCGAAGACUUUUCCCAGUCGUUUGCUCAAGGACGUGAGCAUCGAGAUCAUUGACUUGCAGGAGAAAAUAUUGUCCACGUAUGACAGACGGAUCGCAGAGUACGCUACAGAAUUCUUCCAACGCGCGAAUAUCAAGUGCAUCCUCGGAGCUGCGGUGAAGGAAGUCAAGGACGGCGCCGUGGUCAUCGCCGACAAAGACGGGAGCAACCAGCGCGAGGUGCCGUUUGGAAUCGCGGUGUGGUGCACGGGUAUCAAGCUCAACCCGUUUUGCGAGAAGUUGAUGGAUUCCUUGCCGGAGGGCGCGCAAGAGAACAAACGCUCGCUUGCGACGGAUAAGAACCUUCGAGUCAAGGGGAGCAACGGUACCAUUUUCGCCCUCGGGGACUGCGCCACGAUUGAACGACCGCGAUCUCUCGCCAAGGCUGAGGACUUGUACCGUGAAGCCGCUCGGUGCACACCCGAUGGCGAUUGCGAGAUCGACCUGAGCAAGGAAGGCGUCAAGAAGGCUUUGAGACUUGGUUUCGACGAGUUCCCGCACUUAGAAGAGAUUUGCGCCCGCAUCGACGAAGAGUUCCCCAAGUUCACGCAGGGUUCCGAUAGAAUGAUGUAUCCUGAGUUUCGCAACAUGCUCGAGGAGGUCGACAAGGGACUCCGCGCGCUACCGGCUACAGCGCAGGUUGCUAAGCAACAGGGUCAGUAUCUCGCAUCGUUCUUCAACGAAUCCGCCGCAGACGAUGAAAGACUUCAGCGUGGUGUCGCUAGAUUCGAUUACGUUCAUAAGGGUUCGUUAGCGUACGUCGGAAAGGACGCCGCUGUCGCAGAUAUCCCGGGUUUCGGUAUCCUCAAGGGGAUCGCAGCCGGCUUGAUUUGGAAAUCUUUCGAAACAAUUUCUCAGGUGUCUCCCCGCAACGUUCUUCUCGUCGCUGCAGACAUGUUGAGAACAAAGAUUUUCGGACGCGAUAUCUCUCGCCUUAGCUGA